AUGAAUGAAAAUAUAAAAAAGGAAGGAAUGAAAAACGUGGAAGAAUAUAAUGAAAAUCCUUACAACAAUGAAACACAAGAAGAACGUAGUUUCAGUAAUAAUAAUGAGAAUAUAAAAAAAAAAUAUAAUAAUGAUGAUAUAAAAGACAAUAAAGGAAGCAUUAUACGCAAACCAAUAAAUAACUUAAAAAAUAAUGGUACGCCAUCCGAAUUAAUAAAUAGUGAAAAUGUGCAUACUCUUGAAGGCAAUCAAAAUAGUAACCACAAGACAUAUGAUAAUAUGAAAAUGCAUAAAAGUAAUUUUUUAAAUUUGAAUAACAAAAAUGAUGUAAAUGAUGAUAAGGAAAUUAACAAUAUUACAAAUAAAAGUAUAAAGUCUACAUUAUACGAUAAUACAAAAAAUAAUAGCACUUUAGCUGUAUGUUUUGUAAAAAAUGAUAAUAGCCUUUCUCAAAAUGUAAAUGAAACAGAGAAUGGAGGAAAAAAAAAAAGAAAGAAAAAAAGGAGAAAACCCAUAGAUAGUUAUUCAGAUGAUUAUACCAAUUUAAAAAAAAAGAAAAGAAGCAUUUUUUAUAAAAGUUUAUUAAAAAAAAAGUGCAAACCAUAUAUGAAUAACUUAAAAACAAAUAGUUUAUAUAGUCUUCAUUCUUUACAAAGUGGAAAUUGCAAUAAAUUUGUGGGGAACAACCAAUUGCAAAAUGUACCCAUUGAUAAUUUCGAUAAAAAUGACAAUAAUUUUUUUAAUUUUAAUGAUAAUAAAACGAAAGGGAAUGCUUUUGAAUAUGAUAUAAAUUGUGAAAGAAAUUUUUAUUCUGACACUUGUAUAAUUUCUUUGUUAAAAAAAAAAAAAAAAAAAAAAAAAAUAUACAAUAUAUUAUAUUACAAUGAGCAUUUUCGAGAAAAUCAAUACAAAACUAAAAAUAAACAAUCACUAAAAAAAACGUCAAUAUGUUAUGGAUUGUUUUUUAAUAAAUAUAAAAAUUGUAGAUUAAAUAAUAUUAAUAAAAAUGUUAAAACGUUAUAUUAUACUGCUACUAAAUUGGGGAAGAUACAUAAAUAUUUACAAUGUGAAAAUUAUAAUUUAACGUUAAGAAAUAUUCAAAAAAGGCAAAGGCUAUAUUUUUAUCAUAAAGAAAACAUGCUUAGUAUGUUUAACUGCUUUAUAAGGAACAAUUGUAAGAAUGGAAAAAAAAAUAAAACUUUGAAAACGAAUCGAUGUGGGAUUAAGAAAGAAGGUUUUAAGGAGACGAAGAGCCUAACAAGAGGGGCUGGUUACAAAUCGAAUAAAUCUGAAAAAACAAAAAAAAAUAAUAAGUCAAAUAAAAUGAAUAAUUCUAAUGUAUCAAAAGAAAAUAUUGAUAAUGCAUCUAACAAUUUAGUAAAUGAUGAAAUAAAAAUGAAAAGAAAGCUUAGUGAAGAAAAUAAAGAGAAUGAAAUAAAUGAUAAAGAUGGCGAUUUAAAAAAUGAUAAUAUUAACAAUAAGGUAAAAAAUGAUAUACAAACAGAAGAGGGGAAUAAAGAAUUGAGAAUAACAGGGAAAUCAUUUAUAAAAUAUAAUCAGCACAUAUAUGAAAAAUACUACAAUGAUAUAUUUUUAAGGAUUGGUAAAAUAGUAACAAAUAAAAAAAAAAUAUAUUUUUUAACUUAUAAAAUUAUAAAAGAAUCUUAUUUUCGUAUUUUAAUAUUAAAUAAUGAAAAGUUAGAGAGAAAUAUUUUACAAGUCGUAGCUAUACAAGAUGCUACAUUGUUUGAUAAAAAUGUAAGAAUAUAUAGUGAUCCAUUUUAUAUAAGAAAUAAUGGAAAUCUGUAUGGUGUUAAAUUUUUAAAAUUUUUUUCACUAAAAUACUUUAAAAAAAAAAAAAAUAUAGAAGACAUCAUAUUUUCAGAUGCAGAAAUAGCUGAUAAAAAUUCAAAUAAAAAAAACAUAGAAAAUGAAAACAAUAAUUCAAAAGUCGUUAAAUCAGAAAAAGAAAAAAAAGAUACUGAAGAAACUAUUUUGAGUAAAAGUGGCACUGAUACAGAAGAUAAUAAUAUUAAUAACACCAAUUGUAAUAGUGAUGAAAAUGAGCAAAAGGAAAAUAAGACUUGUAUCAAUUUAAAUGCAACAAAAGCCUCAAAAGAUAAAAAUAACAAUAUUAGUAUUAACAAAUCCAAAGAGAUGAAGCAUCAUGAAAAGGACACCCCUAAAUCUUCUAUCUCCAGCAAUAGUAAUAAUAAUACCCUUAAUUAUGAUUCUGAUGAUAAUGAAAAGGGAAAAAAAAAUCAAUCUUGUAAAAAUGAAAAAUGUGCAAAUAUGAUAAAUAAAAAAGGAAGAAACGCAAAUAGUAAAGUAAAAAAUGAAAAAGUUAGUAACACAAAAAAUCAGUUCAAUAACAAUGAUAAAAAUAGCAAAAAAGCGAACGCCAAGAAUACAAAAAAUAAUAAUAGAGAUUCUAAAAUUAAAAAGAAUCCAAAUGAAAUAAACAAAAAUAUUGGUAGAAAUAAAACAUGUAAAAAAACAAAUAAUUCCAAAGCAAGAUAUAAUAAAAAUGCAAAUAAAGAAGAUGAAGAACAUAAAUACACGGGUGUUAUAUAUAAUAGUAAAAGAAAAUAUUAUUUUAAUAUUACCAAGAUUAGUGAUAUAAUUAGUAUGGUAAAAGGAUCCGAAGACACAACAAAAUUUUAUUUAGAUACUUCUAACAAUAAUAUGAAAAAAAAAUUAAAAUUAUUUAAAAAAGUAGAAAAAACAUUGUUUUUAGAAAAUUUAAAUAUUGACGGUGAAGAGGUAUUAUUUAAGCGCCCUAAAUUUUUUAACUGCAUAAUUGAAGAAGUCUUUGAAAAUUAUAAUAUAUUAUACGAAACAGAAGAUGGCAAUUUUAACAUGUUUGAAAAUAAAUACGAUCGUUUAAAAAAAAAUGUGGUAAACAAACCCGAAAAUGAUUUAUCGAAUAAAUACAUUGAAUUAAAAGAUGAAGAGAGAGGUUUUAGGUACAUAGGUUAUCGUGUUAGUUUUGAAUUAAAAACAGAUAACAAAAAAAAAAGUACUUUAAAAACCGGUAUUAUAAAAUAUUAUUCUCCAAAAUAUAAACAAUUCUUUAUACACCAUAUAGAAAAUAUAAAAUUUAAUUUAUCAGUUGAUUCUCCCAAAAGUAUAAACAGAGAUGUAAGUAAUACAAGAAAUUAUUCUAGAACAUCAUCUUUUUCUUAUAAUACUAUCAUCAAGGAUAUAAAUCACAAUGAUUAUAAUACGGAAAGUAAUUUAAACAAUAUAAACAUGAUUGAUAUAAAUGGUGGUGACCCUCAAGGAUGUUUGAAUGCAAAUGGAAAUAAAACAGAUAUUCUAGAAAAAUAUAAUAGUGAGAAUAAAUCUCCAAAGUAUAAUAUUAAAAUGCAAGACGAAGUUGAGAAGAAAAAACCUGAUUUUAUUUUUUCAGAUGUUAAAGGGUGGUAUUCGCCACAUUUUUAUAAUAUAAAAGUAUUAAUAUCCUUAAAAGAAUUCCACAGAUUUGAUAUACUAGAUAAAAAGAAAGAAGUACAUGAUCUUAGCAUUUUAAAUAAGCUUACUAAAUGUUUUUUAUGUAAAAAUAAUAUCCUUUUCAUUAAAGGGCAUGAUCAUUACACUAGCACUUUACCCACUACUAUAUAUGAUUUAAGUAGUGAAGCAGAAAAAAAAGAAAUUGAUGAAACGAAUACUAUAAAUGUGCAUUGGGGUGUAAAAUGUUUUAUGUGUUCUAAAACAUUUCAUGCAGAAUGCUUAGGAGAUGAAGUUAUGAUUGCAAAAAGUUAUGAUAAAAAUGUUUUAAUGAAAGAAUAUAAAAAAUAUAUUUAUAAAAAUAGUCUUAAAAAAGAUAAAAAAAGUACAAAAAAAAAUAAGAGAACGAAAAGUCCUAAUAAAAAAGAGGGUACGAAAUCAGCUAAAGGUAGUAACAACAGUAUUAGUGAUAAUAAAAAUGGAAAAGCCAAAAUGGAAUAUGCUAGUAGUAAAAGUAAUACUAAUAGUAGCUCGCUUCAGAGUAGUAGAAAUACAUCCUAUAAUUGCAUAAAUGAUUUAUCAAAUGAAAUUGGAACCAAAUUAAAAAAAAAUAUAACUAGUAAAACACGGGAGAAUAACAAGAUUCUCAGAAGUAAUAGUAACAGUAAUAAUAAUAAUAGCGGGGAUAAUGAAAGUAGUCAAACAAAAAGUGAUGAUUUAAAUGAUGGAAAUUUAGAUGAUGAAUAUUCUGAUGCCGAAAACAAUAAUAAUUUAGAAAAAUCAAAAACAAAAAAAUCUCGAAAAUAUUUAAAUUAUAUUCCGUCAGUCAAAUAUAAUGAUAUGCAUUAUAAAAAAUAUAUAUGUAAAGAGUGCUAUCGAUGUAUAUACUGUUGUGAAAGUAUAUAUAAUUAUAAACAGACACCAAAUGUAGCUAAUUAUGUUAUUUGUAAAUCUUGUAAUAUGGUAGCUCAUGGGUCAUGCUGUUUUCCCAAUGUCCCAGAUAUUUAUUUAUUUAAUUGGAAAUGUGAUGAUUGUUUAAAAUGUAGCAAAUGUGAUUAUUCAAAUUUAUGUUUUAUAAAUUAUAAUGAAUGGGAAUUACAUUUAGAUUGUUGUAUAAAUUGUUAUAAAGAAUACGAAAAGAAAAAUUUUUGUAUUAUAUGUAAUGAAAAAUAUAAAGUUGAUGAUAGUAAUAAAUGGGUAGAAUGCGAUGUUUGUAAAUUUUGGAUUCAUUUAAGUUGUGAUAAAGAUGAAGAUAGAAAUAUAGAAACAUUAGCAAUAAAACACAUUAAUUAUAAAUGUCCUACAUGCAGAUCAGGAUCAUUUAUUGAUAAAAUUGAGCGAAUAUUGUAUUUAUUUUUUCUAUUAGAUAAAUAUAAAAAUUUCACUUUUCAUGUACCAAUCAAUUUUUAUAUAUAUUGGAGAAUUGUCAAAAUACCAAUGAAUUUAUAUAUUAUGAAAGAAAAAUUAUGGGGGAAAAAAUAUAACACAAUAUCUGACUUUUUAUAUGAUUUUAUCCUUAUAGUACACAAUGCUAAAACUGUUCAUAUGCCUAAUACACCUAUAUAUAAGAAUGCAUGUAAUUUUGAAAAAAAAGGAAAAGCUAUAAUUAAAAAUAUGUUUAAUAUGUCUAAUGAAGAACUGAAUAAAUAUAUUGAUGACUGUCUUGAAAAAUAUAAAAAAAUUAUAGCUGAUGAUGUCACUAAUAAUGAAUCAUCAAAUAAUGUAACUAAUACUAAUAUUGACAAUAAUUUUUCGAUAGAAAAUAGUAAAUUAAAUAAUAAUAGUAAUUCUUACAAUUUUAAUAUGGAUUAUAUGCUUUCGAAAUAUAAUGAGAAUAUGGGCCCUCACAACAAUGCUGCUAUUUCGGAUUGUACUUAUAAGGAUAAAAAAAAUAGCGAAUAUAGCCUUAGUAAGGAAACUAUAAAUUUAGUGGAUAUGAAUAAAGAUGCACAUAUUCAUCAAGAAAAUUAUAAUGAUAUAGGGUACUAUGGCAGUACAACUAUUAACAGUAAUGAUAAUUUAGGUAUAGAGAAAUCUAGAGAUAACACAAAAAAUAGUGGUGAUCGAAUACGAUUUUUUCAAGAGGGUCAUGAUAUAAAAAAUUUAGAAAAUAAUUAUAAUAAGUUUGAAAAACAAAAUGGAACUGAUAAAUACAACUAUAGAAACAUUAAUGAUAAUUCUCACUAUUCUGAAAAUAAUAUGCUUAUGAAUAACUUUCAAACAUGUAAUAAUGUUUAUGAAACAAAUAAAGAUAAUAUACAAAUAGAAAGAAAUAUUAUUUCCAAAUUUGAAACAUCACAAUUUGAUAAAUUGGAAAGCAAAGAUGAUGCUUCUUAUAUUAAUAAUAACACUAAUAAAAAUAAUAUAAAUGAUAAUCCUUACAAAAAAAGAAAACGUGAAAAUAUUGAAAAAGAUAUUAUGCAUUAUGAUUUACAUGAACUUUUUAAUUUAAAAAAAAAUUCCAUUUUUUUCCAAUCAAACAAGGAAAUGUUUAUUUCAGAUAAAAACGAUACAAUACAAUAUAGCAUAAUUAAUAUUAAUACUAAUAGUAAAAUUUACUUUAAUACAUCAUACAAUAAAUAUGACGAUUUUGACACUUGUAAAAUAUUAAAGAUUCAUUUUUUGAAAAAAUCUUGUAAGAUAAUGAAAACUGACAAUCGUGAAAAUUUAUGUUCAGAGGCCACACUUACAGAUAAACCAAAAUUAGAAAAUGUAACAGGCGAAAUGAGUAAUAAUAACGACAAUCUAAAUAGAUCUGCAUCUAUUAUUGAGGAUUUAGUUACGAAAACUGCAUUAAAUGAUAGUUCACAAAAUAGUGAAAAAAUUGCAUUUAACGAAGAAGUGAUAGAUGUAGAUACAAAUAAAAAGAAAAUGUCAAACGAUAAUAUUUUAUAUAAUCCUGAUAAAAAUAAACUAUUCCUAGAUUCUGAUAUUUUUAUGAUUGAUAUUAUGAAGGAAAAAAUAAAAAUUAAUCAUGUUACAAAAGAAAAGAAAAGAAUAUUAAGCCCUAUAAAUGACACUUUAAAAUUUUUAAAAUGCAUUCAAAUUAUAUUUUUUGAUAGCUUUGAUACCGAUGGGCAUGAUAAAAUUGUAUAUCCAUUGAAUGCAAGCAUUUACCAAAGUUAUAAAAAAUCAAAACGUGAUAUGGCAUAUAUUAAUGAUACAACUUAUUCUGGAAAGGAAUAUGAGGAGAGAGAUAAAAAUGAUAAUUUAUUUGGUACAAUUAAAGAAAUAUCGAUAGAUAGUAUUAUAUCUUCUGUUUGUAAAUAUGAAAUAAUAAAAAAUUGUGAUAAUAAAUUCGAAAGAAGUAAAAAUUAUGCGAAUACAAAUGACGAGCAGAAUAGCACUAUUAAACAUAUUGAUUGUCAAGGUGAUAAUUUUCUUAAAAAAAAAAUCCCAAAUAUAAAGAAAAAAGUUGAAAAAAUACAAUUUCUGAAAAAUGACAUAUUAAAAGAAUAUUGCUUUAUAUGUGGAUGUAUUGAAUAUAAAUAUCCACUUUUAUAUUGUUCAUCAUGUGGUUGCUCAAUUCAUUAUUCAUGUGCAAAUGUAUCACAACCAUUUUUAUUUAAAUUAAAUUCCUAUUUUGAACAUAAAAAAGAUAUAAAUAAUAUUUUUAAUGUUGUAAGUAGAAAUUUCAAAUGCUACAAUUGCAUUAAGUGUGAUGGAUGUGGCGAUGGAUUUGAUGACGAAAUUAAAAGAAGCUUUUAUUCAAAUACAAGAGAUAAAAAUUCACAUAAUUUAAAGCAAUUUGAAAAGGGAGUAUACAAUCAUUUAUAUAAUUUACAGAUAGAAAUGUUUUCAACAAAAAUUAAAAAAAAUAGUAGUAAUAAUACCCAAAAUUGUAACGAUAAUAAAAAAAAUAUUAUGAUAAAAAAUGAAAACAAUUUAGAGCAUGCUGAUACAGAUGCAAGCAUUAGCCUAGUAAAUGUAAAUAAUUACGAUGAUAAUAAUGCGUCUAUUGUAAAGUAUGCAGAUCAUUCUUUUGUAAAUUCAAGUGCAUGUGAAAAUACACCUCUCACAGAUGUUGUUUGCAUAUCUGAUAAGCACAAUUUUGCAGAUAAAAUUGAAAAGAAUGAAACAGACCAUAAUUUAAUUCCUAUUAAUGUUAACAAAAACAAUAAAAAAAAUAAUGCCACUAGUAAUAAUUUCGAGAAUAAUUGUGAUAAAAAUAUUUAUAUUCAUGAUAAUUUAUAUACAAACAAUAUGAAUAAUAAAAGUUGUGAAAUAUUGGAUACAGAAAAGUCAAUGGGAGACGAAAUCAAUAAUAGUAUAAGCAAAAAAGCUGAAAAAGAAAAAUCUGAUACUUUAAAAAAAGGCAUGGUAAAUAUAUUAAACAUACAUGAACAAACAUCGAAAGUAAUAAAAUGUUUUUGUUGUGGUAAAUCAUCACACAAUCAUUGUUUUUAUCGCAUGGACAAAGAUCUCAAUAAUAUAAAUUCAAUGAUUCAUAAAAAAAAUUAUAGAAGCUAUACAAAAAAAUAUAAUAGAAAAGGGUCUAAUAAAAAAGUAGUUAAUAAUUACCAUGGAAAUAAUGAAAUAAAUUAUAAAAAUGUUAAUAGUGAUCUUAGCCCAGUUAAAUAUUGCGAUAAUUCAACAUCUGCAGAUAAUAAUAGUCUUAUAUAUUUUAUAAAAGAUGAAAGUAUAUCGAAAUAUAAUUUGAAAAAUAAUGAUACAGUAAUAAAUAAUAAUUUUUAUCACCCUCAUACUUUAAAAAAUAUUAAUAAUACAAGUAAUAUGAUUUUUAAAAAUACACAAGAACAUAAUGUAAAUUCACAUGCUGCUGCUGGCAAUAUAUAUGGUAGAGGAAGUAAUAAUAAUAUGUAUGCAUACAUGAAUAAUCCAAGUUAUAUAAAUAGUAUAUAUUAUAAUAAUAACACACAUUGUAAUAUAAAUAACAUUUAUGGUGAUAGCAUUGGAAAUCCCAACAUUGUUAAUAGUAUGCGUAACGCAAGCAAUAGUGAUAAUAACAUCAUUAUUAAAAAAGGUUAUGAACAAUUUAAUGGUAUAAAUAUUGUGGAUCUUGCUUUAAGAAAAAACUAUAUAUCUACAGAUCGUAUAAAUAAUUUUAAUUUUGAAAAAAAUAAUAUACAACCACGUGGUAUAUAUAGUUACGUUAUUCCUUCUAAUGAAGUAUUGCACGAUUCAUAUAAAAUUUGUUUAAACAAUGUUGAACAUGAUGCAGUUGUUACUAUAAAUGAUAGAAGAUUUAACAAACGAGUUUUAAAUAAAAUAUAUGAACUUAUUGAUAAUAAUAAAAAUAUCGUGAUAAAGGAUUUAUCACAUUUAUUUAAUGUAACUGAAUUUAAGCUAAACUUUGCUCUUUGUGAAAUUUUAAAUGGCUUAAUUGUCUAUCUCAAUAAUAAAUUGAAUGAAUAUAAUUUAUUAAUGCAUUCAAAUAAUAUUAUAACAAAUGAAAAAGUGGAUGAUCAUAUAAAUAAUAAGAAAAAAAAUAUAAGCAUAUUCGAUACCAAUUUUAUUUCUACUGCUCAAGACAAAAUUAAUGUUAAUGAAAAUAUUUUUAAAAUUAAAUCAUUAAUUUCAUAUAUUUUCUCAAAUGAUGAAAGUAUCGAAAAAACAUUUAACCAAAGUUUUAUGGGAAUGGGAAUUUCAAAUUAUGUUAGUAAUAACAUACAUGACAAUACUAGCAACAAUGAUAUUAUGCGUUUUGGUAGUUUAUAUAGCAAUAAUUUUAACAAAUAUAAUAAUAUAAAUAUCACGAAAAAUCACAGAUAUUCAUUGCCAAUAUAUAAUGACACAUUUAAUCAAAAUUUAGUUCAUUUAAUUGCAAACGGUUCAAAUGGUAAUAAUUAUAAUGUUGGCAAUAAUAACGACAAUCAUGCAAAUAAUACUCAAAAUAUGAGCAAUAUUAACAGAUUUGGUAUUGAACAAAAUGUCGAAGGGAUAAAUAAUUUUAAUAAUCAGGUAUAUAGCAUAAAUGAUAAAGAUAGUGUUAUUCCUGUGGAUAUGAAAAAUGCUGUUAAUAAUAAAAAUGCUAUGUUACUAUCCUAUAUAAGCCCAAAUGUAUGCAACAUAAAUACUCCCUAUAUUUUAAAUGGUCCAAAAAAUGAUGGAAAAAUGCAUGAAAUGUACUAUAAAAAUAACUCAUUUUCUAUUGAAUCGAAUGUAUUAAAUACCAAUACUGUUAAAAAAGCAAAUAGUUUUGAUAAAAUGUGUACAAAAAUAAAUGGAUUCAAUUAUGAACAUCCUGAAUAUAUUUUAAAACAAAAAAAUAUUAAUUGGGUAGGUAAUGUUUCUAAUAUGAAUAAUUCGAAUAAUAUGAAAAUGUUUAUUAAUAAAAAUUUAAACAAUAUGAUAACUAUUAAUAGUGGUAAUAACAUAAAUAAUAUGAAUGAUUUUGAUGGAGAAAAUAACCAAAACAUAGAUAAUUCAUAUAAAGGUAUAAACAGAAAUUGGAUUAAUGAAACAGGUAAUUUCAACAAUACCAAUAGUAUUUUACAAAAUAUAAAUAUGAUAAAUAAUAUAGGAGAUAAUAAGCAAAUCGUGAGCUCAAAUAAUGUUAAUAAUUUAUACAACUCUUCCAAUGUCAUUAGUAAAAAUAUGAAUAAAGAUAUAAAUGAAAUUAAGGAAGACAAUACAGUUAUUAAUCAAAACCAUAUAGUGAAUAUGAAUAAAAUAAACAACGUAAACGAAAUAAAAAAUUUGAACAAAUAUAAUGAUAUGAGCACACAUGCAAAUUAUUUAAAUAAUUUUAAUAAUGUACAUAUGUUGAAUAAUAUGAUUACAAAUAAAGUUACAAAUAUAGCUACUAAUGAUACUAUUAGUAAUGUCAUGGAAGUUAAAAGUUCUAGUCAUUUUAAUAGCAAAAUAAAUUGUAUAUUAAAUGAAUCAGCAAUAAAUAACAAAAUAUAUAGGCAUAGUUCUCUCAGCAGCAAUUUAGACUCGCAUAAAAAUAGCUACUUUUUUUAUAACUCAUCAAAUAAUAAUCUUUCCAACAACAUUAGACGCAAUAGUAACAAUUAUGGUUCUUUAAAUUGUAAAACUAUUAGCAGUAUUAAUAUGUUCAAUAAAUUCAAAACAAAUUCAGAUAUUAAUAAUAAUUUUAUAAAUGAGGUAACCAACGAUUUGUAUUAUAAAAUCAAGAACAAAGAAAUCGGGCCCAAUGAAAUUUUUAUUCAAAAUAAUAAUCCACCUUUAAUAUUUAUUGAUAGUCCAUAUAAUAGUUAUAAUAAACUCCAAGAUGUUAAAAGUUAUGAUAAUUUUACCUUUCAAAAAAGUGUAUCUUUAAAUUCAUCAUCUAUAUAUGAUAUAAACAAUAAAGAAAACAAAAAUGGCUAUAUGUAUAAUAAUAAUUUCAUCACCAAUGUUGCUUAUAAUUUUUCUAAUAAUGGACCAAAUAAAAAAGAGCAUGAUCAAGUAAAAAGCCUUUUAAAAGCUAGUAUAGCUGAUUUUGAUAAAAUUUCAAGUAGCAAUAAAAAUGUAAAAUCCUCAUCCCUCAGUGGAAACACAUUAAAUUUUCCAAAAUUAAACAAAACUUGUAGUAAUGAUUCAAAUUAUAAAUAUAAUAACGUCAAUACUCUUGUUAAACAAAAUAUAAAUAUUAAUAAAAACAACAAUGAUUUUAUAGAGAAUGAUAUGUAUAACUAUCGAAAAAAUCCAUCUGAUAGCGUUUUAAGUAUUAAGGAAAAAACAGAUAUUAACUUCAACAAGUUGAAUACUAUCAAUACAUGCACAUUUUUUGACUUAACUUCAUUACAUGUUGAAAAUAAAUCAAAUGUAAAAAAUGUGAAUCAAAAUUUGAGGCAUGAAACGCAAAAUAUCAAAACUAUUAGUAAUAAUAAUUACAUUUGUUACAGUAACAAUACUAAUAAUGAUUGUGACAUAAUAUGUAAUAGUAAUAAAGCAGAGGGUACUAUUAAGUUAGUUGACAAUAUAAAUAGUGAUAAAAUAAAUGAAAACUUUAUAAAUACUAAUAUAGGAACAUUAAACAACAAUUGUAACAUAAUAGAAAUUAAACACGAGGAAAACGUAAAUUCUGAACAUUCGAAUGAAGUAGUUACAAACUAUCAAAAUGAUAUUGUCAAUAAUAAUUUAAAUCAAAAAUCAGAAAGGAAAAACCUCAAAAAACAAAGUAAUAAUGCCAAAAAUAUGAAUAGCAAUGAUGAGAUAUCUAUAGAAAAUAUAAUUACACCAAUUAACACAAAUAUAAAUGAAAGAGAGAAACACAUAUCAAUUAUACCUGAAUGCGUCCAUAUAACAGAUGAUUUAAAUAUAAAAAAAGAUAAAAAAAAAUCUGAAAAAGGAAAAGAAAUUGUGGAAGAAAAAAAUGGAUCGAAGAAUGUAGAUAAUGAAAUCAAUGAUAAAAAUGAAGAAACAAAAAAACAAAAGGAAAUUACAGGAAAAAAUGAAUUAAAUGAAGAACGCGGGAAUGAACUAUGUAAAGAUGGAAUCGAAGAUAAACAGGCAAAAAAAGAAAAGAGGAAAAAAGGAGAACGAACUGUACGAGAGAAAAAAAAGAAAGAAACCAAAAAAGGAAAAGAUGAGGAAAAGGGAAAAACUAAUGGUACCAAUGAAGAAGGUGAAGAAAUACAAUCAAAAAAAAAUAAAACAAACAAAUCAAAAGGAACACGUAUUAAAAUAAAAAAAGAAAGAAAUAGUAAUAAAAAUAUGCCUAAUGGAAAUGUAGAUGAUUUAUCUACACAUCAAAUAGAUGGUAAAUGUAUGAAUAACAAUACCAAAAAUGUUGAAAAUUCUUAUAAUGCCAAUGAUACUCAUAAUAAUGAUAGUACAUUGCAUUUAACAAAAAGAAGUAAAUCUAAUUCAAAAUCUGUUGAUAAAAAAUCCAAAUUGGAAAAAAAUAAUAAAAAUAAUGAUAAUUACAAUUUAUCUGAAAAUAAUGAUUUCUAUCUUUGCUCAGAUAUUGGCGAAUCUGGAUAUUCUCCAUAUCAUAAAAUUCAUUCAUCUUUUCCUGUUAAAAAAAUAAAAAUUAAUAAAUUAAACAAAUUUUUAAAAAAAAAUUCAUUUAUAUUAAAGUCAAAAUUUAAGAGAGUUAGUCCUAAUUCUUAUUUAUGCCACGAUUGUAUAUUAUUAUAUAAAAGUGAAUUAUCUUUUGAUGUAUUCAACGAUGAAAUGCAAAAUUUUGAAAAAAAUAUGCCUGAUUCUGAUGAAAUUACUAAUAUAUGUAAUGUUAAGAAAGAUGUAACUGUAGAACGAAUUGAAACAUUUAAAUUGAAUUAUAACAUCCCCCCAAAUAAUAUUAUAUCUAAUGACAAUGAUAAGAACAGUGUAAAAACAGAAUGCAAAGAUAUUGCUAUCAUGGAAAACGUCAUUGAGUGUGAUACUAACAUUAAUAAUAAUAACAAUUCAAAUCAGAUAAAUAGAGUUGAGAGCGAAAAUAAUAAUAUCGUAAUUUUCAAGAAUAAUAAAAAUUCCUUUGAACAAAAUUCUAGAAAUAUGUAUGAGGAGAAUUCAAAUAACAUGAUGAAGAAAUAUGAUGAUGACGAUGACAAAAAAGAUGUUGAGUUAUUAUUUAUUGAUAAUAUUAAUAACAAAUCAAAAAAUAGCAAUGUAAAAACUAUUUAUGAACAAAUGAAUAAUGAUGUUGUGGUAAUAUGCAAUAAUGAAGAAAAAGACAAAUAUAUCGAAAAUGUGAAUGAAAAUAAAUGUGUUAAUUCUUGUAGAAAGGAUAGCAAUAAACAGCCUUGUCAAAAUCAAAAUAGUUACAUUAGUAAUAACCUUAGCAAAAAUACAAAUCUUAGUAACAGCAAUAAUAAUUAUUUCACUGUACAUAAUAGCAAUACAUUAGAAUGGGAUAAGGAAAAGACUUAUUGGUCAGCCAAAAUAUCAUCUUUUAACAAUAUAUACUACAAUAUGAAUUAUUUCAAAUCAAAUAAAACAAGCCAUACAAUUAUAAAUGAUAUUGAAAAGAAUAAAACAGAGGUAUAUAAAUGCUCAAUAUGCUGUAUUUUAUAUGAAUAUAAAAUUAAUGAAUGUUUAAAAAUUCCAAAUGAGGAGACUAGUUCAAACCUAUUAUUUAUUUGCAAUAUGUGUAGCCGAAAAUAUAAAUACAUUUUUAAAUAUAUGAAGCAUUCUGGAAAUAAUAACAAAUUUAUAAUUAUGAAUGACAAAGAAAAAAAAAAUAAUAAAAUAUAUACCCCCAAUAAUUGUAUUAAUAGCAUUAGUAACAAUCGUAACAGUAAAUUAAGAAAUAUGCUACACGAAUUAGUGUAUUUUAUAAUUAAUAUAUGUUAUGAACAUAUAUAUGAAAAGAAAAUAUUUUUAAAAAAUAUUUUUAAUUUAUUAGAUAAAAUAUUAAAAGGAAAAAAUAUAAAGUUGCUUAGUUUGCUGCAUUUUUCUUAUACCUAUUUUGUAUAUGAUGAGUUUUAUUUGUUUUUUCAAGAAAAGCUAAAAAAAUCCAUGUUCUUAAAAAGAAAAAAAAAUACAUAUUUAAAAAAAAUAUUUUCUGCCAUAUCUACAUCUUCUUUUGUUAGCAUUAUGGAAUAUGUGUUACAACAAUUUUAUAAUCAUAUUUACAAUGAAGUUGGCUACACUAAAACUGGACAAAAUAAGCAUUCCGAUUAUUUAUAUACUUUGCCGAAAAGAGUGAUAUUCUUAUAUUAUACAAAAUCAAAUAAUAAAUUUGAGCAAGUUGUUAAUUAUUCGAUUUAUAUUUUAUACUUAUAUUAUGUUCGUGCAUGUUACUGCAAGCAAUUUUUAUUCAGAAAUAUUGAAAAUCUACUAAAUAUCAAAAGAACAAAUAAAAGGCAUAAAAAGAGUGAAAUCAUUCAGACAAAAAAAAAAAAAUCAGGAAAAGGAAGUAAGCAUUUUAAAGCAUCUCUUUUAAAAGGAGACAAUUCUGAUAGUUUUUACAAUUUAGUGUACAAUUUUAAUUAUAAGAUUAUUACUAAAUUACCAAACAGUUUUAAUAAGAUUGCCGAAAAUAUGAAUAAAGACAAAAAGGAUCAGAUUGGAGAAGAAAAUUGCGUUUCGAUAUGUUCUUAUAAAUCGAUUGAGGAAGUAAACAAUAGUAAUAAUAUACAUAAUGUAGUAAAAAUAGAGAGAGAGAAUAAUAUUACUAAUGACUAUAAUGAGAAAAAUAACAAAAUUGUUCAAAUGGUAACAAAAUAUGAUGAAGAAUGUGAAAAAUUAAUUCAAAAUUAUUAUGAAAAAAUAAAAUCAAUAAUGAAAAAUAAAAUAAAUUUAUAUGUAAAAUUUAUGCUAAAUAAGUAUAUUAAAGAAGGUGUAAAUAUUUUAAAGGAUAGAAAAAUGAAAAAUGGCACAAACAAUAGUAUUAUAAAUAAUAAUAAAGAAAAAAAUAAUAAAAAAUUUGAUAAUAAAAUAUGUUUUUUUUGUAAUUACGGAAAUUAUAUUUAUAAGGGACAGCUUAUUCCAUUUUACGAUAUUUAUAUGCAUACUGAAUGCUUAAAAUGGAGUUUAAAUUGUACACAAUAUUAUAAUUACAAUAAAGACGGUGUAUAUGAAUAUAACAAAAAUUUAGCAGAUGUAAAAAAUAAUAUGAAUGAUACAACUACUAAUAAUACUAACAAGGUUAUUAAUACUACUUCUAAUACUGGUAAUAAUAAAAAAAACUCUAAAAGGGAGCAAAUGAAAGAUAAAAAUAAUUCGAAAAACUUAACAAGCAAUAAAAAAACAAAAAAGAAAUCAACAUCAAAUUAUGUUGAUAAUUGCAAAAAUGAUGCAGAAAAUUCAAAUGUGAAUAAAAAUAAUAAAAACACAAAUGUAUUAGUAAAUAAUGAAAAUCCAUCUUUUAUUAAGAACGAAAAGCUUUCUCAUGAUACUCGUUUCAAUUUAAUGAAUUGUGGCGACACUAAUUCAACAAUCGAAACAAAUAAUGCAUCACAACGUGAGCAAAAUGCUGAAGAAAACCUUGAAACAAAUAUUAAGAAGCGAAUUAAAAAUAUAAAAUUAAUGGAACGUUUAGAAUAUAUUGAAAAUAAACACUCUUUUAAUAAUUAUCAAAAUAUAAUAGAAGUAGAUGAAGAUGAUAUUAAAGAAAUAAUAUACGAUUCUGUUAAUUCAACUUGCUUUUUAUGUGGUUAUAAAAAUGCUAGCAUUUAUUGUAGUAAUGAAAAUUGUAGUGUAAAAUUUCAUUUAAAUUGCGCUUUUUAUUCAACUAUUAUUAAAAAUUGCAAUGAUAAUAUAUUUUUUAAUUAUAAAAAAUUAUUCAAUUUGAUUAAAUUUAAUAAUGAUACAAUUUUCUGCAAUCUAAAUAAUUUGCCACAUAAAAAAGAGGAAGAAAAUUAUAUAUUUGAAAAUAAUUAUAAUGAUAUUUUCCCAAUUCAUAUAAUAUUCAAAACAAAAAAAAUAUGGUGUAAUCAUUGUUGGAAUGAUAAAUCUGUUUAUGAAUCAUUUUAUUUAAAAAAGGAAAAUGUCUCAUAUUGUACACCUUCAAAUUGUGUGAAUGACCAAAUGACUUAUGAACAAAAUCAAAUAAUAGCUGAUAACACGCCAUCUAAACAUGUUGAAAUUAAUAAUUUGAAUCAUAUCCCAAACUUAGAAAAUACCCUUGGAAAAAAGGAGAUGCUUCAAGAAAAUUCGAUUACAUGUGUAAAAUCAGAAAAUGAUAUGGAAAAUAAAAAACUUAUAUCAUAUACCAAUGAUAAAAGAGCUACUAGCACAAAGUUUCUCGAAAUGCUAAAACAAUAUUUUAAUUCUUUUCUUGAGUUUUACUUCGAAAAUGGAUCAUACUAUGUUAUGGAUACAAUUUUACACAACAUAAAUGAAAGCAUAAAAAUUCGAUAUAAAUCAAAACCGUUGACGGUGUUGCAAGAAAUUUUAAAUAAAAAGAGUAAAAUAGAAAAAAAAAUGAAAGAAUUAGAAAAUGUUAUAAAUAAAUAUGUAAACAAAAAAAAUGAUGAAAAAUAUAUUGAUGAUAAGUAUAAUCUUAUUAUUCAAGAAAACACAAAAAAUAUUAGUAACAAUAAUAAUGAUAUACCAAAUGAGCGACACGAGACAAAAAUUACGAAAAAGAUAAAACGAAACGAAGAACCAAUUAAUAAUACAAUUGUUGAUAUACAAAAAAUUAUUGAUAAUAAAAAUGUGAGCAAUAUUUUAAAGUCAUAUUUUAUACUUAAAAAUUUUUUCUAUAUAGGAAAUUUUACAACAUUAAAAAAUGAAAACUAUUUUUUUUCAAAAAAAAACGAAAAUUCUUUUGUUAAAUAUUUAGUAGAAAAUGAACAAACAUUAAAUAUAUGCCUGUCAGAUGUGCUUACCACUAAUCAAAUAAAAAUGAGUUCAUUUGCCUGUAAAAAAAAAUGGAAUGAAAAUGAUAUGGCCAAUUCUUCUACCAAUGAAUAUAAUAAAAUGAACGAAAUGAAUUCCCCUCAAAAUUAUUGUAUAAAAUAUGUUGAAUAUGAUAAUGAAUCAGAUGAUAAUACAUCAGAUACUAAUAUUAAUUGUAGUAGCGAAACAGAAGAGUCAAGCCAAUAUAUAAAUGAUAUAGAUAAUAAUAUUGAAGAAAAUAUGAAAUAUAAAAAAAAAAGUAUAAAUAUUUAUUUUAAAAAUUUAACAGAUAUGAAAGAAAAAAAAAAAGUCAACAUAACCAAAUUGCAACAAGUUAGUAGUAAUUUUAUCAGGAAUAGAGAAAAUGUGCACAUUAAUAAAAUUGUUGAAGAAAUAGAUGAGGGAAAAAAUAAAAACCUUGUAGGAAAAGAAAAAUUAAAUAUUUUUAAAAAAAGAGGAAAACCACAAGAAUAUAUAAACGAUCGAAAAUGGAGUAAUACCAGUAGUAAUGCUAGUAUUGCCAAUAUGAUGCUAAAGAAAGAGUGUUUUUUAAACUUGGUUACAAAUAAUAAUGAUAUAUAUAUUAAACAAAUAAACGAUAAAUAUUUUUUAAAUUAUAAAUAUAAUACUGCUACUAAUAAUAAUAAUAAUUUACCUUUCAAUCACUCAAAAUGUAAUGUUAUUAAAAUCGGCUGUCAUAAUAUAUUAAACAUUGGAGAAGUAGUAAAAUACGAAGGAGAAGAAAUGAUAUAUCCAUGUGGAUUUUUAAAUAUGAGAAUAUUUUUUAAUUUACCAUCAUCAGUUUUAUUUCACAUAUAUAAGAAUGCUAAUAUUAAUAAUUUGUGUUUAAAAAAUAAUGUAUUAGAAAAAAUAUGUUUACAACUACGAGCUACUUACAUAUUUUCAAUUACUCUCAAAAAUAAUAAUAUAUUCUUUUCAAUUAUUUUAUUCCCGUUAAUAAAUAUAAAUUAUUUUAGUGAAGCCGAUGCACAAAAAUUUGUUUUAGCUGAAAGCCAUAAUAUUAACGAAUUAUAUAAACAAUUUCUUUCCUACUUUAAUUAUCAAAACGAAAUAUAUAUUACAGAGCAAUACAAAAAGUUUACAAAGAAAUAUUCAAAAUUAUAUGAAUAUAUGGCUAAAUUUUUUUUUAAAUCUGCUGAACACAACAAAUCACUUGAUGCACACAGUUUCUUUGGAUUAACAUUACCAUGCGUUAUAUAUCAUAUUAAAUAUAAGUUGUUUAAAUUUAUAUGGGCUAAUUUAAGUAGUAAAAUUAAUACACAUGCCAAACGAGAGUGCGAACGUGAUGAGAUAAAAAAAAAAAUAAAAAAUUGCAAGAGGGAAGUCAAAUAUAAUGAUAAUAUUCUAUGCAAAUAUUCCAAUCUCGAAACGUCAAUUUUUAAGGACAGCGAAAAAGAAAUGGAAAAAAAUACAAGAAAAAUAACAAAAUACAAAUAUAACAUAAACAGUGCGAUGUCUUACAGAUAUUUAAUGAACAUAUCAUCAAACUCAAGAUUGUAUGUAAAGAAAAGUAGCAUACAUGGGUAUGGAUUAUAUACACGUGAAUUCAUUAAUGAAGGAGAGCCUGUUAUAGAAUAUAUUGGUGAAUAUAUAAGAAAUAUAAUAAGUGACAAAAGGGAAAAAUAUUACGAAAAAAUCGAAAGUAGUUGCUAUAUGUUUAGACUUAAUGAGAAUAUAAUUAUCGAUGCGACAAAAUGGGGGAAUGUUAGUCGAUUUAUUAACCACAGCUGCGAGCCUAAUUGUUUUUGUAAAAUAGUUAGCUGUGAUCAAAAUUUAAAACACAUUGUUAUCUUUGCAAAAAAAGAUAUUUUACCACAUGAGGAAAUAACAUAUGACUACCAAUUUGGUGUCGAAUCCGAAGGAGAAAAACUAAUUUGUUUAUGUGGAUCAAGCACGUGUCUAGGAAGAAUGAACUAA